ACUCAACAUUGCUGACUGGGAGCACUACACAUACCUGGCCAUAACAAUUUGGUCCUUGUCAAAGUCACUCAGGUCUUUUUUUCUGCAUAUUUCGCCUGCAUCCAACAAGGUGCCUACGAGAACUGAUUGUUUGAUUUACCAUCUAAGGAGAUGACCGAUAUUAUUCGCUUCACCUGUGAGUGGUCAUAAUGUUUUGACUCAUCAGCAUAUACCACCGCUUUCAGCCAAUUAGCUUUCAGGAUUGAAACCACUCAGUUUAUAAAACAAAACAAUACAAAUAACUUAUUUUAUUUAGAUAUGAUAACUAUUACUUUUUGAGAUUUUGUGAUACUGUAUAUUUGCAUUCUGCAUCCUUGCUACAAAGCAAGGAAUCCUAACAAAACACCCAUUUUCAUAUCCUGGCUAUGCUACUAGCUGUCUCUGCACUGGGCUGGGGCCAUAGUCAGGACCAGACAGAAGGUGGUGCCUCUAGGCACCUCUAUCCAUUUUGGUGUGUAGAUCGUUGCCUCCAAUUGGUGACCCUACUUAAGUUCAAUGUUUGGCCACACCCGGUGCGGUUCAUUAUGGUUUUGGGCUUGCUGCCCAACGUCACUGGUUUCUUUUUAUUAAAACAUAUGGAUUACUGCGCCUAUGUCCUACCUCCACAUCCGUGACACUUAUCAAGGAUUUCUUAGGCCAUUUAUGUCAAACAUGUUCUAAUACUCACCAGACAAAUGGAGUUCAACAUAGUACCCCAUAAGUAAAUAUAGAAUCAUAACGCAUGAACAAAAUCUAUUUUGUGUCAUCGUUUUUGAAAGGGUAGUGCAAAAAUGCUCUUAAAUAAAAAGCAAUAUAUAAAUGUAAUAUAUAAAAAUACCAAAAAUUCUGGUAGGACUUUUUUUACUCAACUGACUUGUUGAAAAUGUGUUAGAUAUAAUUGUGCGUAGACUUUCACUAGUUUUCCCUGAGUUGCGUUAGAUUUCUCCCUGCAAUGGCAUAACCUUCCAGUUGCCAUGAUUAGCUCCUAACAGGCCUGAGACACAAUGGGUUCUUUUCGUCGGCCCCGCCCUCGCUUCAUGAGUUCACCCGUUCUGACGGACCUCGCUCGCUUCCACGCCAGCACGCCCGGCCUGCAGCUAUCCAACACCAGUGUGUGGAAUAGUGUCCAGACAGCUGUGAUAAAAGUGUUCCAGGGUGGAGGGCUGCAGUCCAAUGAGCUUUACACCCUGAAUGAGAGCAUCAGGUGGCUCCUCAAGACAGAGUUAGGUUCGUUCAUCACAGAGUACUUCCAGAAUCAACUGUUGACCAAAGGCCUUUCACACAUUCUGGAAAAGAUUCAACUUUAUGAGGUUGACAGUCAACUCCUGAUCCUGUCUGAGAUGUGGGGGAGAUUCUUCACUGAGACCUUGCCAACACUUCAGGCUAUAUUCUAUCCUGUACAGGGUCAGGAGCUGACCGUUAGACAGAUAGCUUUACUUGGCUUCAGGGAUCUAGUCUUGCUGAAGCUCUCGCUAGAGGAUAUAUUACCCAUUGCUACAGUCCCCCCAGCCAUCACACAAAUGCUGCUGAUCUUGCAGGGCAUUCAUGAACCCAACGGGCCUAGUCAAGAAUACUAUCAGUUGGAAGAGCUAGUGGAGAUCAUCAUCUCGCCUUAUCUUGGGAACGUCCUCCAUGUUAGCAACAGCAACUGCUUCAUAGAAUGCCGUGCACCCCUUUCAAGAUUAGGAGGACGGGCGCGACUUGAGAUCAGUGUCACUCAUCACCAUGCCUCUGACUCCUCCUCCCUGGCACCCCUGGUGGAGCAGGAUGGGGAGGCCUACCUGGAGAAGACUGGAGGAGUGCGACGCCACACAGUGGCCAACGCUCACUCUGACAUACGGUUGCUCUCCGCUUCCGGCAGGAUGCAUCCCGGGAUGGAGGAGGACAGCGGGGGCGGUGUCGUGAAUGGGGUGUCACACGGGCCCCGGCCAUUCUCCAGCCAGCCGGACAUCGUGGAAUCCCCGCUCGGGAUGGUGGGGCAGUCUCGAAAGCAGAGUUUAGCUGACGUCGGCUGCCCUGCCCCUAGCUAACCACUUCAAGUGGCUGAAAGGGCCGUUGGUGUUACUGAUAGCUGAUGGCUCUGAUGGGAUGAAAAUCAUCCUGGAGUUGUAGGAGGAUGAACAAGAAGAGGGGGGAGGGUAGGUUGGUGUAUACAUCGGAGGAGGAGACCCUUCCACCAAAAGGCUUUACCAUAUAGCGAUGUCAGGAUUUAGGGAUUUUAACCACAAAAUACUUUUCUGCUGAUCUGAAGUGCAGUGGAUAAUGUGACUGAACACUUUAACCAGCAAGCUACUAUUAACAAAAGUGGUACAUGUAGUAAUUUGGUGGCAAUGUGUAACAAGUGGCUAUUUUGGCCUGGCGUCAGGUAGAACUGGUAUGCUCCAACUGUAAUUCACUCAACUUGCUAUACUGAAUGCAUGAGCAGCUUGCCAGUGUAGAUCUGAGGGAAAUGGUGCUUCCAGACUAUUUUAUAUAAAUCUGCGUGUCUUGCACCUAUCGAAAACUUGCGCUACCUCUGUGUUACACCAAUGGCGUAGCAGCUCCGGUACAUAUAUUUUGGGAUGAGAAGCCUGCAGUUCAACAGCUAUGUAAGGCUAUACUACCAACUUUGAGCAUGUACAGGUUUUAAACUGGGAUCUUAUUGGUCCUACAAUGUUUAUUUCAGUUUGUUUUAUGGAAAAAUAUUUUAACUAAUAAAAGUCAUACCUAUGUCUGCA